CCGACUGCAAACAUACCACUCUUUGCCAGAGCUUCACUCAAGAAGGUUCCAGCUGAAGAUGACUCACUCUCUGUGAAGUAGUCCUGAUUUAGUGAUGUUUUAUAUUGAUUAAGAUGCAUCGAGCCUACCAGCCGAUUUUACCAUGCGGCAACAAGUACCUUCAGCAAAAGUGGGACAAAGCUGUCUAUGAGGAGCACAGGAAAAAGAUCCAGGCAGCCAAAGCUGUGACAGACACCUCUGCUCCUCCAACAUAUAGCCAUCUUCUCUUGAAAUUAAAGAAACUCAAGCUCGAGAAUGAUCGCCUAUCAGUCAUUAAGAGAGACAAUCAGUUGCUCCUGGAGAAGAUGUCUUACAUCAUGAGGACAAAAGGAAGAAUAGAUAACAGAAAUGAUUAUGAGGCUAAAAGUCUGAACAGAAGAAAACGAGAGCAAGAAUUAUUGAGAAUGACCAAAGAGAAUCAUGCCAUUCUGGAAAAGAUUAUAAACUGUAAGUCUCACUAUAAGGUCCAGAAGUGGGAUGAAGACUGGCAAAAGGCUGAAGAAUACAGGAACAGCAUCGCAAGAUACCCUCGUGGAUCCUGCAAGCUGCAGAAUCGAAAGAAACAAAAGUACACCAAAAAAACACCGAAGCGAGACAAACAGAAAAUGAAGCAUCUGAGAGAUGGAUGCCUGGCAGACAAGCCAGGAGAAAUAAAGCAAAGCAAAGACACAACUAUCAAACAUCAAAGUGAAAAUCAAGGGGAAAGGUGUAAACAAAUCACUGUUUUAUAAUGGCAGUUCAGACAAUGGAUAUCAGAAGUCUUGGUGCAAAGAACAUCAUCAUUAGAAAACCGGCAUUGUUAUACCAAGAGUAGAUAUCAGAAAUAUCUUACUUUUUAACUUUAAAUAAUCUCUAAAAAUGUUUAUGCCAGGUAUUAGAAAUUAUAACAUAGAAGUGCAUUGGCUAGGAUAGCAAUUCUGUGCCUAUCUGAAAAUUAAAUUCCAUUGAAAUUAAUAGGAAUUAGUUUUAAGUAAAC